UCUCACUGUGUUUUUUUUCAAAAUGUCUGAGGGUCGCAAGAGAAAAAGUGUCUACGAAUUGUAUGACAAGAAGAGAAAGGACUAUAAAUAAAGAAACAAGACCAGAUGUUUAUGGGAGACUAUUUCACACGCUGGCGUGAGCUAAAAGGACAGGUUGGGCUUCCAACGCGAAGUUUCUACUGGAAAGAGUCUUGGGUUUAAAGUAACUUUGCCAGGGGGCACAAAACAACAAAAUUAUGGAGAUAUUCAACUACUUCUCAAAGUUCUGAAAUGAUCAAGACCCCGGCCUGACCAGCUAAGUCCACUUUGACCACACAUGUAGACCAGCAUGCUACACCAGCUAAAACCAGGCUGGGAGACAAACUAAAACCAUCUUACCAGCUUAUGCUGGUUUUAGCCUUUGUUUCAGUAGGUGAUCACUGGUGUUAAUCUGGUUCUUCUGCAUUUGUCAAAAGGGGCUUGAAAAUGAAUCUGAAGCAUCAAGUGGCAUUCCUCUGCCUGUCUCUUCUUGUAUUUGAAUCUUCUUGUUUCACUGAGUUUGAAAUUUCUGUGCCCAGUGGUACUGUGACCGGGGUUUACGGUGAGCCACUGAUCCUGCCCUGCACUUUCUCAGUUGACGGCUCAUGGGAUCUGAACAGCACACUUGUUGUUUGGCAACAUGUUGGCGAUAUUAUACACAGCUUCUACGUCAGCCAAAACCAACUUAACCGUCAGAAUCCUCUCUAUGCCAAACGCACCAGCCUGUUCAAUCAGGAGAUAACACAAGGAAAUGCAUCACUCAGAUUGGAUAAAAUCACUCUAGAAGAUGCUGGCAUGUACACCUGCUCCAUCAGCACUAACGCAGGCAGACAGGAGAAGAGUUUUGGAGUACACAUUGCAGCGUUCUACUCUGAACCUCGGCUGAAGUUUAUUUGUCUAAUUGAAGGGUUUACCCUGCUGAUAACCUCAGAAGGUGGAUAUCCUUCCCCUUUUCUGCAAUGGCUUAAAGAAAAUUCAGAAGAUAUUACCACUCAGACACAAACAGAUAUCACACACGACAUACAGACAGGACUUUAUCAAGUGUCUAGUAGGAUAAAUCUCACUGAAGUCACCAACUCUUCUCUGACUUUCAUACUGCACAACAAGCUCCUGGGACAAGACAUCAGGAGAGAGAUCCAGCUGUACUCAGAUAAAAGAGAAAAGCGACAAGAGUCCGUUUACAGAUGUCAUGGAUGCGUUACACUGAUCCCUGCAGUUUUGCUGCUGGUGCUGAUCAUAAUAAGUCUUAUGAUCGCGUUCAUUAAAAACAGAAGAACUAAACAAAACACCUUUAUUGGAAAGGAAUUUAAGCUUGUAACCAAAGCACUAAAUGGAAAACUUCCAUAUGAUGAUCAAUCAAACAUCUGAUGGAUUUGAAGUACAACUGUAAUAUACUGUAAAAACCUUGUUUUUUAUAAAUUGUGUUUGUAAGUUUACUUGUUGUGUGUACAAUGUUUAUA